UAAAAACCACAGAAGUGUAAACGAAAGUGAAGUGACCAAGAACAACUUCAACGUUAGCGGUUUUAUUAGUUAUAUAUUAAUUAACACACGACCUCAACAUGACUUAACUACACAGCAUUACAUACUUAUCCCAGGUAGUCUUUAAUUCGUGUCGGAGACAGGACUUGGGUGAUACAUCUGUUAUCUAGGUAACGCUGACUAGCUGCUAACAAUGGCUAACUGUAUGGUUUUUCAUACUCAAAUAGCCUCCAUUAUGGAGGUGCUAGCGAAUGCAGCCGUGUCAGAGGUCUGUAAACUCAUAGAUGACGAUUACGCAGUGUUUCGUUUGGAAAUAACUCAAAGCCAGAAAGAAAACAGGGCAUUGCAGAGGAAACUACAGCAACUCGAAUUGAAGAUGGCGCGGGAGCGCGCAGAGAGGACAAUACGAGAGCGCGUCCUCGCCAGUCGACCCAGUAGUGUCAAGAUCCUCGACCGAUAUAGAGGAAUGGCAAGAGGUGAAGGAAGUCUCACUGGAGGCCACAGAAGCUUUGUGAAGCCAGUGGGACACAAUACAUGGAGAGAUGAUCAACCAAUCACUGUUGAUGGGGGGAGUGGAACCUCAACCCAGCACGUUAUCAUGAUAGAGUCUGCAGAGGCUGCAGGUCCUGGGGUGACACAGGAGACGUCUGAAAGAGAGGAGGACCUACGGCACAGCAUAGACAUCCAGACUGGAGAAGUGCCUGGAGUGGUGCCCUCUGUAGCCACUGGGGACCUCGCCAACGUGCCCCAGGCCAGGUCCCGGUGCAGCAUCACGGAGGAGGAGGGUGGUCUAGAGGUGCUGCUGGUGAAAGAGGAGGGGUGUGAGGAGGGUCUGGGGAACCCUGAGGGGACCAUGGUCAUGGAGGACAACCAGACUACACCUCCUGCUGAAACCACAGAGGAACCAGCUGAGCAGCACAGGACCACACACAGUCUCACUGAGUCAGUAGACAUGGAGGAUGGAAAGCCUGAUCUGCUGCUGGUCAAAGAGGAGACAUUAGAAUAUGGACCAGAGAGCAUUGAUCUGCUGAGUGGUCUGAAGAUGGGGGAGCAAGGUGGUUGGCUGGAGGCUAACAGAGACUGGGUGGCCAUCUUGGAUUCCCAGACCCAGACGGGUGCAGCCAAGGGCCCAGGGGACAACAUCACUGAGCAGGCCAGGACUAGAGGCAACAUGGUGGAGUCUGCCGUCCAUGAGGAACUGCUGAUAUCCGGUGUUGCUGGCGGGAGAGACUGGACCUCUGAAGCGGCCGGUCACAAACUCUGGCCCCGGAUCAGAACCCUGGAUCAGGAGCCAUCGCUCUUCUUUCCCGAGUCAGAACCAGGACCGAACCGCGAGGAACAGAGACCCCACCACCACACAGAACACAACCAGUGGACAGGUGGACUGAACAACCUCAGUCCUGGUGGUCAUCAGAGAGACAGAGGCUCCAGUCUGCAGCCCAGACCCUUCUCUUCACAGUCUCAGUGCAGUGAUGGAGCAGGGCCUGGGGCUGAUAGAGAGAGAUCCUCCUGUUCCUAUGCAACAAACACCACCGUAUCCAUGAUGAACAAAGCAGGUCACCCUGGGCUUCAGCCUUCACAGAGAGUGGUGGGAGACACCCCUGGUGGGAGUCUAUCAGGAAGUCUGUCUUCUCCUUCAGGGUCACAUCUAAUUCAUGAUGAUUGGGUUCAUAGAAAGCCUGGGCCUGGGUCUAGCCUUCCUCAGCUACCUCAUGGUUACCCCACCAAUACAGACAGGGUCAGGAUGGGCAUUCACCACAAGAGCUACUCUGGUGUCAUUGGGUCACAACGUGGGAAGCCGAACAUUAGGACCGACGCUGACAAGCCGUAUGCCUGCCCCACAUGUGGGAAGUGCUUUGCUGAGGCAAACUAUGUGAAGAUCCACCAGAGGGUCCACACAGGGGAGAAACCCUUCAGCUGUACCCAGUGUCACAUGCGCUUCGCAGAGGCUGGCACCCUGAAGAGGCACCAGAGGGUCCACACAGGGGAGAAACCCUACAGCUGCCCUCAGUGUGAGAAGAGGUUCUCACACCAGCAUCAUCUGAAGAGGCACCUGAAGGUCCACACAUGACAAAGGCCAUUCACCUUCUCUGAUGGUUUCAGAGAGGAACUACCUCAGGAUACACCAGCAGAAAAACCAUUACACUUCAUAACAUAAGAGGUAACCAUUCCAUCCUCAGGGUACAGAUUGUCUCCCCAUCAUUGGUAUUCGUGCGGUGACAUGCUGCCAACCUUCAUUUUCUCUCAUUAGCUUUAGUCCUGCCCUCUAACCUUUUUUUUGCCUUAGAUCUGUUCUUCCUCCAAGCUAGCCCUUAUGUAUUUCUCGCUCACAUUCACAUUUAGUAGUUCUCUCCUUUUGCCCACCUAACCAUGCAUGUACUCUUUGAGGUUGUCCCUUACCUUGAGUUCCUUUUAUUUGUGUGUACAGAACAUGAUUCCUUUCUCAUCUUUAUCUACCCUCUUAUCUUCCUACUUCAUGCUGCUCAUUGGUUAGCUGUCACAGUGGAAGCCCCCACUCGGCCCACCCCCAAGCCCUGCAGCAAAAGCUCUGAAUAGGCUCAGUCAGCUGGACAAGAUCCAUAGAGCCAAUCAGGAUGCUUCUUAAUCUUCUCUCAAGACAAAGAUUAAUUUUCAUUGCUGUCAACAGAAAAGAUCCACAGAUGCAUUUGGAAUAACGAUAGGGACAGAUUUCAAUGAUGAAUAUUCCUGAAUAGAAUAUUGCAUCCAGACAUUGUGUGAUAUAUACAGUAUAAUGCAUAUAUAAGUUAAAGGUUUAUUACAUAGUGUUGUGUAGGUUAUAUGACGUUCACACAUGCCUAUUUCAUUACAUCUAUUGAACUACUUUGUUUUUUCCCAAGACACUUUUAAUGAGAAUUAAUGCAGUUCAUCAAGUUCAUGCUGAUUUUUAGUUGAGACAUGUGAUUGUGUGGUUUUCAAUGGUGUAUUUAAAACUUGUUUAUGUUUAAUAAACACAAAAUGGGACUUUCA